AUUUCUGCAAUCAAUAUCCUUUGAAAGUGAAAAGACUGCAAUAGUAUUUGGGUUUAGUGAUGCUCGUCUUCUAUCUCGCGUCACUCAUUUAAAUGUCAGUCUGAGUUGUGUCGGUAGCCAGCCCACUUCGCACCUGCUGUCUGUCUCCCGAAAAAACCCACGUCAGGACACGCAGUACGUGGGGAUUCCUAAGGAUUACCCGGCGUGCCCCGCGGGAAAGAUGGCGGUCGAGAAGGAGAGAAGGAGAUAAACUUUAUCUUGCAACAAAAACAUCAAUAUCACUAUCAGAAAUAGGCAGCGAGAGUCGUUUCUAGCUGAUUAGUGUAUUCUCGGGUGACCUGGCGUCCUCACACUCGGUUACUCGUCGCGGACCGAAAGCACAAAUCAGUGGUGCUCCGCUAGCAAGUGCUAGCCAGGAAGGGAACUGCGGUGUGUGUGUGGUCAAGAGGAAAAAUAGAGGAUAAAGUUUAUUACCACGGACGAAAAGUGGGGUGCUGUUUUGGAAGCACAUACGGUUAUUACGGAAGUGUGAGGACAAGAAAGCUCUCUGGCGUCGUGUGUCUCGCAUGCCUUGAGUGGAGGAGGACGAGAGGAAGAGUGUGCACGGGGACGUCAGCAGGAUUGGGUUUCCGUGGCGACUGGAGAGACGCAGUGGUGCCCAUGCCUCUGAACCUCACAGCCUCAGCAGCCAAGAAUGCCUUGGGAGUGAAGUCUUGUGGAUGAAGACGCCGUCUGCAGAACAGCUUGGUAUUUGGGACUAACGGACCGAGAGGACCCGACCAGCGUGCCGCAGGAUGACCAGCACGGGUCCCGCCAGGAAGCCCUACCGCAAGGCUCCCCCCCAGCACCGGGAGACGCGCCACAGCACGCCCGUGUUCCGCGAUGACCUCUCCGCCGGACCCCCACCCCCGCUGACCGGUGGCGCCCAGCCCGACCCCCCCCAGGAGUCCUUAUCAGACUCUGACAGGAUCAAGAUCCUGCAGCAGCAGAAUGAGGACCUGCGGAGGCGGCUGACCCAGACCACACACAAGAUGGAGGCCAUGGAGACUGAGUGGGAGGCCAGCCGCCACUACAUGCAGGCCGAGAUGGGACGCACACGCGACGACCUGGACAAGAUGAGGGACAAGUUCCGCAGACUCCAGAACAGCUACACUGCCUCUCAGAGGGCCAACCAGGAGCUGGAGGAGAAACUACACGCUUUGCUGCGCAAAGUGGAGCGGGAUAAGAAGACGAUGGACCAGGAGAUUGUGGAGCUCACCAACAAGCUGCUGGACGCCAAGAACACCAUCGACAAGCUGGAGGAGCUCAAUGAGCGCUAUCGGCAGGAUUGUAAUUUGGCGGUGCAGCUGUUGAAGUGCAACAAGUCUCACUUCCGAAACCACAAGUUUGCCGACUUGCCUUACGAGCUCCAGGAGAUGGUGAACAAGCACAUGAAGAGCUCGCUGCCGGACCAUGUGCAGGGCGGUCAGGGAGCACAGGGUCAGCAGGACUCCGACACUCUCAGCCUGACCCCGGCCGACGUGGUGCCCACUUCCGUCAUCGCCCGCGUGCUGGAGAAGCCCGAGCCGCUCGUGCUGAACUCCGCCCAGUCCAGCAGCGGCGCCGGCCGGCCCGUGGCCGAGGACGUGUUCGUGCACGUGGACAUGACCGGGCCCGGCGGCGACCGGGGCGAACGCGCCGGCUACGAGAACGGAGGGCCGGGGCACGCAGCAGGGCGCCCCCCGCAGGCGGUCGGCGGGAGCGCAGCGCAGCAGCUGAACGGAUCGUGCCGGCGGCAGGGCAGCCUGGACGGUCCGGCGCCGGGCGGCGCGGAGGACGCGGGGGGGGUGGCGGCAGCGUUCGAGAAGCUGAAUCCGUACCCGGCGCCCCUCCCCCCCGCCCACGCGCUCUACCCGGGCCGCAAGGUCAUCGAGUUCUCGUCGGACGACAAGGUGAAGAUCCCUAAGAACAGCCCGCUGCCCAACUGCACGUACGCCACGCGGCAGGCCAUCUCCCUCAGCCUGGUGCAGAAUGAAGAGGGGGCGGCCAGCGAACGCCAGCGUCCCUCUCCGGGCAGCCCUGCCGGCUCCGAGGGGGGGUGGCGCUCGGGGGGGUCGUCCUCGCCUGGUGGGGGCAGCAGCGGUCACCCCUCCUCCUCCUCUCACCACCACCAGCGCCACCACCGCGGGCACCAGGCGGGCACCCCUCCGCACGCCGACCCCCCGUCCAGCCAGUCCAGCCCCUUCAGCAGCCCUCCGCAGCCCCCCAGUGCCUUCGCCAGCUCGGCCAGCUCCGAGGAGGACCUGCUGGCCAACUGGCAGCGCAUGUUCGUGGAGAGGAUGGCGCCGGCGUCCGAGGGCACGCUGGUCAACCGCACGGCCUUCAGCAGCGAGACGGCCGCGGCUCUCCAGCACAGCGCCAGCGCUGGACGACCGCACCCCCACGCCCACCCCCAGGCGCUCGGCCCCAGCGUGCCCAGCAGAGGCAGCUCCCGCGGGGCCUACUCGGACGGGGAGGAGGGCUCCUCCACACGGAGCUGGACGGCCAGCCGCGAGUCGAGCCUGGACACGGACACGGGCAGCCUGGCAGACCUCCAGUCCAGGAGGGGGCAGUACGGAGCGGACUUCUCUCAGGAGGAGAGCGAGCGGCUGCUGAUGGGGCUGGACCCGCUGGAGGGGGACGACGGUGGCAGCGGAGACACGGCCGUCACCCUGGAGACCGUCGCCCUGGAGACCGGCCCGCCGAUGAGCGUCACGGGCGAGCGCCAGGACUUCCUGGACGAGGACGAGGAGGCGGGGUCUGUGGGCAGCUCUGGGGAGGAGCGCGAUGUCCUGCCGCAGGACUUCCCCCCGUUGCCCGCGCGCGUACUGGCCGGCCUGGAGGACUACGCUGCCGAGACGCCCCCCCCUGCACCCCCCCACGCCGGCCUCUCCGUCGGACCCCCUGCACGGCCCCUCAAGAGCCCCAAGAGGAUGGGCGUCCACCACCUGCACCGCAAGGACAGCCUGACCCGCGCACAGGAGCACGGCAACCUCCUGGACUAGCGGCCCCAGGACCCCCUCGCUCUCUCUCUCUCUCUUUCACUCUCUCUCUGUCUCUCUCUCUGUCUCUUUCUCUCUCUCUCUUUCACUCUCUCUGUCUCUUUCUCUCUCUCUCUCUCUCUCUCUCUCUUCCUCUGUCUGUCUCUCUCUCCCCACUGGGCUCUUGGGUGACCCUUGGCAUGGUCAAAGAGACAGGUGGAAGGAGAGAGGCCAGACUCUGUCUGUGCGUCUGCGGCGUCUUGGCCUGGCGCUGUUUCAGGACUUCAACAGAGAGAGCUCGCCUGUUGUCACACUGUCACCGUCCCUGCUGACGGAGGGGGAACCUGCUAGAACUGUGGGUUCCGUUUGCUUUGAGGGUCUGGAAUACAGGCCGUCUGCACAUCUCUCCUGGAGCCCUGUGUGUGUGUGUGUGUGUGGUCAGUCUCUCCAGGACCCGCCCCAGGAUAUAGCCAUAUGGAGCACGCGCUGUGUUGCUAUCAUCGUACACUCUGUGCGUUAAACGCUUGUAAGGUCAACGUCAUGACGUCAGUUAGACCAACUCUAAGCAGCAACAUGACGUCAGUUAGACCAACUCUAAGCAGCAACAUGACGUCAGUUAGACCAACUGUAGCUGUAGCUGCAAGAUGAGGGACGUGAGGAACUCUAAGCUGUUGGGCUGACGUCUGGAUUACACACUCUGUUGCUGUUUUCUUCUUCUGGGCUUCUGUUUAUAGACACAUGGUCAUGUGCGCACCCAAACACCUCACACACACACACACACACACACACACACACCUCUCUGACGUGGGAGGACCUCACACCACACCUGAGAGCUACUGACAGGAGAGUGCGUGCGUGCGUGCGUGCAUGUGUGGAGGGUUUGGGGAGAGUUUUAUUUGCUACAGUGCCUGGCCCUCGUGUUGUGUGUGUGUGUGUGUGUGUGUGUGUGUGUGUGUGUGUGUGUGUGUGUGUGUGUGUGUGUGCUCUCUCUCCCAAACUCCCUUUAAAGGCAGCGCGGCCCAACCAACAGCCCUUCAACACUCUGGGUGUGUGUGUGUGUGUGUGUGU